CCUUUCUCUGUCUCUCUGUCUCUCUCUCUCUCCACAAUAUGGUAAAGUAAGUGUAGUAUCCAAAAGCGAAUAUACCAUAGUCGCCACCAUCAACCGCGCAUUUUAACAACCAGUUCCACCUCUCUCUCUCUAAAAUCCCUUUAUAUAACCGUCAAAAAAAGCCGGUACCAGAAUCUUCAACUAUCUUUCUAUCCUCUCUCUGGAUAUUAUCCCAAUUCUACUGUGUAUAAAAGUCAUGAAAGUUGACAAGGAACAAGACUGUAAUGGCGCGUGCAGAACCAUCGAGGUCGCCGUCGUCGAGCCCCAUGUCUAUCCGGUCACCGGAGAUGACAACGGCGAAGGGUUGUAUGUUCCUCCUCUCAACUUCUCCAUGGUCGAUAAUGGCAUCUUCAGGUCCGGUUUCCCAGACACCGCCAACUUCUCCUUCUUACAAUCCCUAGGUCUCCGUUCCAUCAUAUGUUUGUGUCCCGAACCAUAUCCAGAGCACAACACAGAGUUUCUGAAGUCGAAUGGGAUCAGGUUAUUUCAAUUUGGGAUCGAGGGAUGCAAGGAGCCAUUUGUAAACAUCCCAGAGGAUACAAUUCGCGAUGCACUGAAAGUUGUCCUAGAUGUAAGAAAUCACCCGCUUCUAAUCCAUUGCAAACGAGGGAAGCAUCGAACUGGUUGUGUUGUGGGAUGCUUGAGGAAAUUGCAGAAGUGGUGCCUGUCUUCUGUCUUUGAUGAGUACCAGCGCUUCGCAGCUGCCAAGGCCAGAGUUUCAGAUCAAAGGUUUAUGGAGUUGUUUGAUGUGUCCAGCUUGAAGAAUAUGCCAAUGUCAUUUUCAUGUUUGAAGAGGUAAAUGACCAGUAACACAGAAAUAGGCUUUUGCUUCCUUCGUUUUUCAGAAGAGCUGUCGUAUUUCCUGCUUUGGAUAGUAAUAAACUGGAAAAGGUGGUGGUUUUUUGGAAUGCUUUUCAGAGUGAAAGAAUGUUUUUUCCCACUUAUGAGGAUAUUAAAAAUAAUUUAUCAACGAUUUUCGCUUUGAAUUCCCAUGACAUCAUAGUAAGAAUUGUUACUUCA